AUGGCUAACCUCAACGUCACCAUGCCCAAGUUGAAGCUCAACGAUGGUACUUCAAUGCCAAUGUUAGGCUACGGUACUGGUACUGCCUGGUUCAAGACUGGCGAGGAAAGCAAGAUCGACCAGGCUAUCAUCGAUUCUGUCAAGAUUGCGACCAAGCUAGGAUAUACGCAUCUUGAUGGCGCCGAGGUCUACAAGACCGAGACUGAGUUAGGCACCGCGAUCAAGGAGAGCGGUAUUCCACGUGAGAAGCUGUAUGUCACGACUAAAGUCAACAACGACAACAUCAAGAACAUUGCGGGAGCUAUCAAGACGAGUCUGGAGAAGUUGCAACUGGACCAUGUUGACCUGUACCUCAUCCACCAGCCGUGGUUUGCAGGCUCAGACGAAGACCUCCAGAAAGCAUGGGCCGACAUGGAAGCCGUUCAAGCAUCCGGUCUCGCAAAGUCCAUCGGCGUCUCCAACUAUCUCCCUAACCAUCUCGCCGCCACCCUGAAGACCGCGAAAGUCAAGCCAGUAUGCAACCAGAUCGAGCUCCACCCCUACCUGCAAAGGCCAGAACUCCUCGAAUUCCACAAGCAGAACAACAUUGCCACAGUCGCCUAUGCGCCUCUCACUCCUGCCACGAAAGCCAAGCCCGGUCCUCUAGAUGACUACGUGGGGGCACUGACGAAGAAGUAUGCUGUGGGCGAGAACGAGAUCUACCUUAGGUGGUGCAUGGACCAGGAUAUUGUGCCGAUUACGACGAGUGGAAAGGAGCAGAGGCUGAGUGAUUACUUGAGGGCGAACACGUUCAAGCUGACGCCUAAGGAGAUCAAGGAUAUGAAUGAGAUUGGACAGAAGAAGCAUUUCCGCGGAUUCUGGGGACACAUCUUCAAGGACGAUGAUCGGUCUUAG